AUGAUUGACUUUGAACAAGCUAUAUUAAAUGCUAAUAUUAAUCAGUUUAGUGUUGAUGAUGAUAACGAUGUUGUUCAAAAAGAGCUUUUUGAAAUAGAAGGAACUUUAGAUUUGUCAAAUACAUCAUUUUUACCAGAAAUGAGUAAACAAACUAAAGUGGAUAUAGAUGUUAAUGUUUUAGAGCCAGGAUCAAGCAACUGGUUAGAAGAAUUUAAUCAAGAGGAAGAUUAUGAUCCAGCUGAAUUAGGAGAAAUCACUGGUUUGGGAUUUCAAAAUCAGUUUAGAUUUCGGAAAAAUCAUGGUUUUGGCAUUAAUUUGGGAUUUUAA